AUGGCCUCAGACCAAUGGUCGGUGGUGACUGAGCCUCAUGUCAAGACCUCGAAAGGCCUUCGGAAGUCUGACAUAGUAGCCGCUAAAGGAGGCGUCGGAGUGAUCGUGGACGUCCAGGUAGUCUCGGGCCAGCGGCCCCUCAAUGAUGCUCACCUUGAGAAACGUAGUAAAUACGGGACUCACGAGGAGCUAGUUGAGAAGGUUGCUGGUAUACUAGGACUACCCAAUAAGGAUUGCGUCCACGCGACCUCUUGUACGAUCUCCUGGCGAGGUGUUUGGAGUCACUUCUCCUAUAAGGAGUUGAAGAGACUCCUAGGGCUGAAGGAGAGUCUGUUGAGAGCUAUACCAGUGGUGGUAUUGCGCGGCUCGCACAUGAACUGGACACGUUUUAGUCAGAUGACCGGGACUGUGGUGGGAACCCCAGUGUGA